AUGAAAUGGAUAAGAGCCCUGUACCAUUUUACAUAAGUUGCUAAUAGCAUUAAACAACUGCACAUUUUAAAUUUAUGUCACUGUAAUAUAAAAAUAGAUAAUAUCCUUGUAGAGUAAUAUUCUAAUGGUUUUAAAGAUAUUCUUAUCGGUUUUGGGUACUGCUAAAAAAUAAAAUAAAAUGAACUAUCAUAAGCUUAUAAUUCAUUUGAAUUAAAUGAAGGAUUUGCUUAAUCAUAAGUUAAACCAUACAAUCCCUACAAGUUGGAUUUAUAUUAAUUGGGUAUGCUUCUCUUGACUUUAAUUACAUGUCUUAAGAUUCCUAAUAAAAUUAAAAAUGUGAUAAGUUCGAAUAAAAAAAAUAUAUUUUUAAGAAUUAUUUUAUCUUAAUACAGAGAAUAAUAUAAUACUGAAUUAUUAAUGUAAUCUGAAGUAUUUGAUCUUAUUUGGGAUCUUUUAACUGGAUAAAUUGAAGAUGUUGCUUAAAUCUUCCACCACUAAGUUUACAAUUUAUAGGAAGUCAAAAAUAUGUUGAAAGACCUCCCAUAAACUGGAAAUAAAAAAGUUUUUUAGAUUGAAGAAGAAUUUAACAACAUUUUUAUUAGGAAAAAUGAAGAUGGAAAUAGAAAUGAUAAUACAAUAAGCAUUAAUAAAGAGUUUAAUAAUAUGUUAAAGUCAAAUUGCACAAGAUAUGAUGAACUAAUUUAAGAAAUCAAAUUUUUUUGUGAUAAAAACCCACGAUAAAUAAAGGAGAGAGAACUCAAAACAAGAUCUUUCUUAUUUGAGAUGAAAACAUCUUAAAUAUUAUAACACUUAUUGUAUUGCUUUGGUAAAAAUAAUUCUGAAGUAUUUGAUCAAAAUAUUUUUGGGUAAACAUAAGACUUAACCUUGAAAGUCACUUUAAAAUAUAUUUCCAAAGAUGUAAUUAUUGAAGAGGGUACUGAUGAUGACAAUGAAGAAUAUUUAUAAGAACUUGAAAUUGAAGAAAUACAAAAUAAUAUUGAAUUUCAGAUAGAAAUUGUUAUGAUUGAAGAAUUGAAGUAAUCAGAAAUAAAAUCUAUUAUCUUCACACCCAUAAAAGGAGAAUCUAUCUAUUAUAAUAAUUUAAUUGAAGAUCUCUCAAGAGAUUUACAAAAAAUUAUUUGA